AUGGAUGAGAUGGAGUACGACAUCACCAAGGCUCGCCAGAAGAAGACCAAGGUGGGCUCCAUUCGAAUCAAUCCUGACGGGACGCAGGAGAGGAGGAAGGUGCCCCUGGCGCAGUCAGAAGCGUUCCUAGCGGACCUCUUGGAGAAAGUAUGUGAGCGAAUGAACGACUACAAGCUCGAAGAGGACCCUGUGACUAAGGAGAGAACUUUCAAGAGAUUCGCUCCAAGGAAAGGAGACAAAAUAUACAAAGAAUUUAAAAAAUUCUUUUUUUAUUCUGACGCUUACAGACCUUUGAAAUUCGCGUGUGAAACUAUAAUAGAGGAGUAUGAAGAUGAAAUAUUCUCACUUAUCGCCCAGGAGGCACACUAUCUAGCUGACAAGCUGUGCACUGAAAAAUCAGAUCUGUGUGAAUCUUCUACUCAUCAUACUGAACUCUAG